UUGGAGUUCUUAGGGUUUGGCUUGUUUUGGCCUUGUUUUGAAACGGGAUUCACUUGAUUUUGGGCUUAUUGUGAAAAUCAGGGUGCUUCUUUACUGUGUGAAAGUUGGCAACUGUGGAUCUGAUCCCUGGGCCAGUGGGACUGGAAAAUACCAACUUUUCCUGAUAUUUGAUACAAUCUACUACUCUUCACAUUUUGAAUGUGGAUGCACUGGGGGCAUUUAAGAAGACAGCCAGCCCUUGCUGCCCCAUUCCCUCUGGCCUGGGGUACAGCUGUUAGAUAACAUGCCUGCCCUGCACUCUAUACCUUAAAGGUUCCCAUGGCUCAUAGUGAAGCCCUGCCCUGGAAGUCAUCCUGUGCAUGCUCAGAGGCACCUGCACUUCAAACUAGACUGCCCAAAGCCACCAGCAAGGAGAAGGCUCAGUCCUGCACUGGCAGGGAGGGAUUUGUUCAGUGCUCAGGCCCUGGCCUGGCCUUGCUCCCACAGGCUACAGCCUGAUGGAAAAGUCUGGAGAGAGAGAGACACACACUCCGCGCAGCACCUGCCCCCUCGGCCUGCGCUGCAGCGCCCCCUGCAGCGGAGAAGAGAGAGAAGCGAGGGGAAGGCAGCACCGCGCUGCUAAACCUGUAAGCAGCGUAAGGAGCGGCCGCUGCGUUCAUCUCCGCCUCGCCCGGACCGAUCGCUGCCCAUUAGCUUCCACCGGGAGCAGAGCCGGGGCGGUCGGGGACACCGCAGGCAAGCGAAGCGUCUCCUCCCCCACCUGAGCUGCACUAGAACCGGUGCCUGAGCAGAGGUACCGCAUGCUGCACCCCCUCGCCAGUGGCGGCUGCUGCUUCUUCCUUCGGAGCCGUGAUUGCAAAGUGGAAGUUUGUCACCAUGAGCCUCUUACUGCCAUUUGACUCCAUCUGCAUUUUCCUCUGUGCCCAAGUGCUGCUUACAUGGGGUCUACAAGAACUUCAUGCCAACCAGGAGACAAUUGUCAAGAUUUCUGCUGCUGGCCAACUGAUGCAGUGCUCUGCUUCAGUAGAUAUUCUCCUUCUGUUAGAUGGGUCGUACAGCAUUGGCAAAGGAAGCUUUGAGAGGUCUAAGCACUUUGCAGGCAAACUCUGUGAUGCCUUGGACAUCAAUCCGGAUAGGGUCAGAGUGGGAGUGAUACAAUUUAGCUCAACUCCCCAGCUAGAAUUCCCCUUGGAUUCGUGUUUAACCAAGCAGGAAGUAAAGGAGAAAAUCAAGAAGAUUGUGUUCAGAGGCGGGAGCACAGAAACAGGACUCGCACUGAAAUACAUUCUCUGGAAAGGUUUCCCUGGUGGCAGAAAUUCCUCUGUCCCUGAAAUCCUGAUCAUCCUCUCGGACGGGAAAUCCCAAGGCAAUGUAGCAAUACCCGCUAAGCAGCUGAAGGACAGGGGCACCACAGUAUUUGCUGUGGGAGUCAAAUUUCCAAGGUGGGAGGAGCUGCACACACUGGCCAGUGAACCAACUGAGUGGCAUAUGCUGUUCGCUGAACAUGUGGAUGAUGCUGCCAAUGGCCUGUAUAGCACUCUCACCAGCUCUACUCUCUGCAGUGCUGUCUCUCCAGGUUGCAAGAUUGAAUCUCACCCUUGCGAACGCAAGACACUGGAGACUGUGAAAGAGCUGGCUGGGAACUAUAUGUGUUGGAAAGGGUCAAAGAGACCAAAUGCAGUGCAUGCAUCUCUCUGCCCGUUUUACAGUUGGAAAAGAGUCUUAAUAAAACACCCGGCCAGAUGCUACCGAGCUACAUGUGCAGAUCCCUGCGAUUCCCAGCCUUGUCACAAUGGAGGCACAUGCAUUCCAGAGGGAUUAGAAAGGUACCACUGUGUGUGUCCUGUUGGAUUUGGAGGAGAUGCCAGCUGCGCACCGAAGCUGAGUCUGGAAUGCAGUGUGGAUCUUCUUUUCCUGGUGGACAGCUCAUCUGGUACCACCUUGGAGGGAUUCCUGCGCUACAAAGCCUUCCUGAAAAGGUUCAUCCAGGCAGUGUUGAGCAAAGACUCCCCAGCAAAUGUCGGCGUGGCCCAGUACAGCAAUGAGGUCCAGAUCCCUAUCAAAGUGGGUGAGUACAAGGAUGUGCUCAGUCUCAUGAAGAAUGUUGACACCAUGCGUUUCAGCGGAGGGGGAACCUUCACCGGCAAAGCCCUUCGGUAUGUCACGCAGCAUGGCUUUAAGAGUGCUCCGGCUUUCCCAGACGUUCACGACGAUCUCCCGUGUGUGGUUAUCUUGCUUACGGAUUCGGAGUCCCAGGAUCCUGUGGUAGAAGCAGCUAAACAUACCAGAGGCAGAGGGCUCUUCCUAAUUGGCGUGGGCAACGACUUCUUAAGAGCAGAACUGGACGAAGUGACUGGGAAUCCAAAGCGGACUGUUGUCUAUUCCAACCCCCAGGAUCUGUUCAACAAGAUCCCUGAGCUGCAGAAAAAAAUCUGCAGCGUAGACAGUCAUCAAGACUGCCAGUCCCAGUCUCUGGAUCUGGUUUUCGCCUUGGAUGCCUCAGCUGGAGUUGGCAGGGAGAACUUUCUGCGGCUGAGGAACUUUGUCAGUAGCAGCUCCCUGCAGUUCAAUAUUAAUCGGGACAUCACCCAGAUAGGCCUUGUGGUCUACAGCAGCAGAGCUCGCACUGCAUUUGCCCUGGACGCGCAUGUCACCAGCUCUGCUCUCCUUCAAGCCAUCAGCCAGGUGCCUUUCCUUGGUGGCUCAGCCUCCACGGGCAGAGCCUUGCUUCACAUUCAUGAUGAUGUCAUGACUGUUCCGAAAGGGGCAAGGCCUGGGGUGAGCAAGACCGUGGUUGUGAUCACGGAUGGGAGCGGCACCGAGGAUGCAAUUGUUCCAGCUCAGCAGCUGCGGAGCAAUGGUGUGUCAGUGUUUAUUGUCGGGAUUGGGGAUGUGCGGAGGGACACGCUGCUGAGGAUUGCCAGUUCUCCCAACUACCUGAUACACGUUUCAUCUUAUGAUGAUCUGCAGAAUUACAAAGACUUUAUCAUUGAAAGAAUAUGUGAAGAGGCUAAACGCCUGGUGAACCUGUGCAAACCCAACCCGUGCCUGAAUGAGGGCGUGUGCGUUCUCAGGAAUGGAAGCUACCGGUGUGAAUGCCAAGGCUGGGAAGGACCGCACUGUGAAAGCAGAAUUUUAAGGAAAGAUUCUUCAAGAUCAGCAAUCCCUCCCACAAACUUUCACAUCCAACGAAAUCUGAGCGGUUUGCAGCAGUUUAACAGAGCUCUCCGACAUGCAGAAAGGCUCACUUAGUCGGGACACUGAAUUGGGCAAUUUCACUGCGCAGUUCUCCCUUCACUAAUGCUUGCUUGCAGUCAUUAAUAUACAAGAAGAUCUGGCAAGCAACCACCAGGUAUUUCAAUGAACAAUUUAAUCUGGCACAGAGACUGAAAUAAUGUCUCUCCAAGUUCACACAGGACACCAGCUGGGCUUAUCAGUAGUCAAUAUAUUUUUGCUUUUGUAAUAAGUAAAUAUUUUGUGUGUUUCAA